CUCUCUUUCCUUAUAAGUAAAAAAACUUACAACUUGUGCUGGGAGGAAAGGGUCUCCAUGCUAGCUGGAGACCUGGCCUCAUCUCUGCCUUCUCUGACCCGCACUGAUCCCAUACCGCAAAUCUAAGUUUCCCUUCGGUCGAAACUUCCCACAAGCUGUCCCAGACUCCGCAUCUAAACAGGAUACAGAGACCAGCGGGUUUGUGAAACUCACUCCAGCGGGCGGCGCCGUCUGGACUACCGGGGGACCCCGAUCUUUCCGCAACUGGAAGAGCUGACAUCUGGGGACCUCGUGGCAGAAGCGACAAACCUCUGGCUGUUUGGUUACUCUCAGUAAGACGGCUGCCCGCGUCUGGGCCUGGGGAUUGUCCCGCAACCUCGCCAAUAGAGCCGGUGCGAGUCCAGCGCUUGGCCGAGCUCUGCAAGGUCUCCGCUUCUGGCGAUAUGCGGCGCCUGCUGCUGCUGCAGGUCUGGGCGCUGCUCUGGGUCUGGGGAGGCCCCGAAGGCCCGCAAAGGAGCUUCUCCUUCCGCUACGCCCAGAUCUCGUCCUUCUCCAGCAGCGGUCGGCCGCGCACGGACGGGUCAUUCUGGCUGGGGGAGCUGCAGACCCACAGUUGGGGCCACUCCUCGGACGCCUUUCACUUCCUGCAGCCUUGGUCUCGGGGCGGAUUCAACGACCAGCAAUGGGAGAGGCUGCAGCACAUCUUUCAGAGUUACCGAGCCAGCUUCACCUGGGAAGUACAGAAAUUCGUCAAAAAGCUACAAGUAGCCUAUCCCAUUCAGCUCCAGCUGGCCGCCGGCUGCGAGGUAAGCACUGGGAACUCCUCAACAGACUUCUUCCACAUAGCAUUCCAAGGAAGCGAUUUCCUGAGUUUCCAAGGAACCUGGUGGGAGCCAGUUGCACAGGUCCCAGACUGGGUAACCUCGGUCAUCGGAGAGCUCAACGAGGACCAGGGCACGAGGGAAACAGUGAAGUGGCUCCUCAGUGACAUCUGCCCUCAACUUGCCAGUAGCCUUGUUGAGGCGGGGGCGUCAGAGCUGCAGAAGCAAGUGAAGCCCGAGGCCUGGCUGUCCAGUGGCCCCAGUCCUGGGCCUGGCCGUCUGCUGCUGGUCUGCCACGUCUCAGGAUUCUACCCAAAGCCCGUGUGGGUGAUGUGGAUGCGGGGUGAGCAGGAGCAGCCGGACACUCAGCACAGCGACCUCCUGCCCAAUGCUGAUUGGACAUGGUAUCACCGAGCGACCCUGGACGUGGCGGCUGGGGAGGCUGCUGGCCUGUCCUGCCGGGUGAAGCACAGCAGUCUAGAGGGCCAGGACAUCGUCCUCCACUGGGGAGGGAGCCGCACCUCCACGGGCCUGGUCGUCCUGGCAGUGCUGGCGUGCCUGGUGUCCCUCCUGGUGCUCACUGUAGGAUUAAGGCUCUGGCUUAAGAGGUGCUGCUCCUAUCAAGACAUCCUGUGACUCUGCUCACCACACCUGCCUCCCCGAACCUCAGUGUACCUCAAGUUCCUGGGACUUCAGUUCUGAUCUGCCUAGGAAUUGAGGAUGAAAGGAGAGGAAGCUUGAAGAAGCAGAGAACAGUUGAAAGGCAGCUCUCAUCACAUCCAUUUAACAUUUAUACAAGAAUUCAAAUUUUUUUCAUUAUACUGCAAGUUUAUAUGCCCAGAUGGCUCAGACACCAACCAGGGAAGCAGAUAAGCACUGGGGUCUAAGUGCAUGUGAUGGAAUCUGCAGUGACCCGGAAAACAGGUGUCCUGUCCAGAGGAAGUGGCUACAGCUGCUGCUUGUCAAGUAUAAAGUCAGAAGGUGACUUACUUCUAACCUACAUUUAUCAAGCAAACUGGAGUUUGAUGUGAACAUUCCUGACUCAAGCUUUGACAAAAUCCUAUGAGAGACGCCUCAAUACCUAUCUGCUGGCUGAUGACAACCCAGGAGCUACUAGUUUGUGUCUCCUUUUAAGAAAGUUUGCCCCAAAUGACUUAUUGGCAUGUUUUUGACAUAAUUUCUACUGUGAAUUUGGAUUUACAAUCAAAGAAGGACAUUUUCUCUUUAAAGAAAGUGAGGUUGUAAGAAACAGAGAUGUUUCAAGCUUUUACUUGAUGUAACUUUAUUAGAAGAAGUCAUAGUAUAUAUGUAUUAUGUUGAAAAAAAGCUACUCUGAGUAGGGCUAUUUCUCUAAAAUGGUCACUUCCAGAAACAACAACAGAAGCAGUGGCAGUUUCUCCUACAUGUAGCUCUCAAAAGAGACAAUGGGUGGGGUGUGGUGACUCACCCCUAUAAUCCCAGUACUUUGGGAGGCCAAGGCAGGAGGAUUACUUGAGGCCAACAAUUUGAGACCAGCCUGGGUAUUAUAGCAAGUUUUUUUCUAAAAAUAAAUAUAUAAAUAAAUAAGGGUGUGUAGUGGCAGAUGCCUGUAGUUCUAGUACUAGGGAGGCCAAAGUAGGAAGAUCACUUAAGCCUAGGAGUUUGAGGUUAUGGUGAGAUGUGAUUGGGCCACUGUACUCCAGCCUGGAUGACAGAGGAAGCCCUUGUCUCUUUAAAAAAAAAAAAUACAAUGGGGCAGCGCCUAUGGCUCAGUCGGUAGGGAGCCGGCCCCAUAAGGGUGGCGGGUUCAAACCCGGCCCUGGCCAAACUGCAACCAAAAAAUAGCCGGGCGUUGUGGCGGGCGCAUGUAGUCCCAGCUACUCGGGAGGCUGA